CGUUUGAGGUCAAACCUUAUAAUUAUUGCCUGUACUAUAACCAUUUUUUGUGUGUGGGUGACCCACUGACCUCUAUAUAAAGAGAAACCAGUGGGGUGACCUGGUUAACUGCGUGGAUUAGUGGCGAGCGGUUACGAUUUUGUAAGGGCAAUUAGAGGCGCGAUAGUCUGAGGCGCGGGGCGGCGCGAUUGUCACCCUGAGAAUUCAGCACAGCGGGUCAUCCUGCAGAGCCGCAGUACGGUGUACCUCCUCCGAACAAAGCAUUUGAUUUGACUUCGUCUGCGCUGGUGGUAAUCAAGGAAAACUGGAACUUAGCAUUGCCAAGUUAGUCUACAACAGUCAAGGCCUGGAUUCUGCAUAAUAAACAAGGAACUCGGUAACACAUUUCAUCCACGUAAUAAAUCCUUCGAAUUUUCAUCACAGCCUAGAUUUGUCUGAGUCAAUCAGUGAAGUAGAUGAUUUAAAUGCUGUCUGCCAACAGCCAAUCUAAUGUCGUUUUCAGUAGUGGCCCCUUCAUAUGAAUAAAACUCAAGAAUAUUGGGUUAAGCUAGCUCCCCUUGUCGGCGACAUCUCAACAAUGUCUUUAUUUGUGAAAUUGCCAAUACGUCACUCCAAGUCUUUGAGUGUUAGCUCCUGUCAACUCCAACAAUCUCAUCAAGGUUUGGCAUCAAUGGUUCUUAGAUGCUCCCGACAUUUUGUCUCCGUAGCAACCACAUCUUAUUUUGCAAGAUCAAUGAGGAAAAAUAAGAUAUGCAAAUAUACAGCUCCAAGAACAUUUUCUGUCUGCAAGAUAAGAAAUGGAAGUCAGUCAAAAAGUCUUCAAAACUCCAAAAUCGGAUUUGUCGAUUCUGGUCAGUCUACAUCCAGUUUGGAGUCCAUGGUAUUUUCCCAGGAUAAUAAAGCUAGGGCCAUCAAGCAAAUGUCAAUCAUGAAACCUUCCACAACCAGUUUUUUCUUCAAGAGGAGGCCAAUACGGAGUGCAGGGGUGUGUGUACCUCUUUGCAGGAUUGACAGGAUUCCUUCAAUCUUGUACACUCUACGGUCACAGUUUGUAAGCUCACACAGCGGAGAAAUCAGUUUUCCUGGUGGCGUCAUGGAUGAAAAAGACACAGAUGUCACUCAAACAUCACUCAGAGAAUUGAAGGAAGAAGUAGGAAUAUGCCCGGAAUCAGUGGAAAUGUGGGGGCAACUUGUUCCGGUCCCUGAUCGUUCAGGAAAGACAUCAGCCACAGCAACGCUUGCCUACAUAGGUGACAUUGAUUUGACAAAACUUGGAUACGAUACGAAAGAGGUAGAGUUAGUCUUCACAUUACCCAUCUCCCAUCUCUGUGAUCCUCGUAACCAUGGCUACACACGUUUUGAUCCCUCCAAAUCCACCUCUUCUUCCCCCAAGGAGAUUGGACCGUACGUCUUGCCAGUAUUCCGUGGAGCUGGUUACCAUAUAUGGGGACUGACUGCAGUGUUGACUGAUCUAGCGCUGGGAGUUCUUGCUCCCGAUCAUUACAAAUCAUUAUAUUUUUAACACUGUGCAAUUUGUAAUUAUUUGUAAUAAUAUACUGUGGAAUCUGGGGAAAAAGUGAAGUAACGCUUCAGCUAAAGAAAAUUCACCAAAAUCUUUCAUUAAUGAAAGGAGACCAACAAACCCGACUUCAUAGACUACCAUCAAAAGGGGGAAUAAGGCUUCUCAUU